AGUCUAAAUACAGGAAGUUACAUCAUGAAAGGCGGAGAGGUCGCCCUCUUCUGGACUUAAACCGGUACUUAGUGAGUGUAGUGUGUGUAUAUGUGCGUGCGUGUGUGUGUAUGAGAGAGAGGGAGACUAAGUGUGUCGACAGGAGGGCCGACAGGCUCUUUCACAGCUCCUCUUCACCUCUCACACGUUCAGGAACAUCCUAUGAAGGGCACAGAAGAAAACACACACUAACUCACACACAUAGCCGGUUUGGGUAACGUGGUUUCGCAGUAGGGAGAGGGGAGUCUCCUGCUCUACAGGGAAGCCUGGGAAACUCAGCACUCUGGUUUUUUAGCAGGAUGAACAGCAGUGGAGCCUGGAGAAGAUGACAUAGACUAGCAGUGUCUACCUCCCUCUACACUGGCUGGAUUCCAGUGAUUCCAACAUCAUUCCAGAGUUCUUCUACUGAUAUUUAGCAUCCAGUUUGGUAUUCCAGUUUGUCCCACUGUCAGCAACACAGCACCACUGCAGUGUUGUGCACAAGGCACCAUGGGAAAUGUGGCCCAGUGUUGCCAUGCAUUAUCAAACUUCCUAUUGUGUAAAGAUGCACUAGAGCGUGACGUGGAAAGGUCUGCUCUGCUGUCUGACGAAGAGAGUGAAUGUGACUCGCCAGUGCUGCUGGGUGACCCACAGGAUGAUUUGGUGACUGUGUCCACCAACGUGUCAAACCUUACUCUAGAACAAGAGCACUUCCUGUUUCCUGACAUCAUCCUGAGCAGCAGCCUUGGAGGGGACGUGGCCCUGGUGGAGCCAAUGGUGUGUCUCUUGGUUUCUGAGGAGGAGGAAGGAGAAGCGGAGGCAAUGGGGAGGGACGAGGCAGGAGCUGAAGGACAAGAGAGAACUGAUGGAGGGAGAUAUAGGCUAUACACUGAGGUGGAAACUCAGACUGAAGUGGAGACACAGAUUAGAACAGGGGUACAGACACAGACAGAACACCAGGCAGAAGUCCAAACGCAAACAGAGAUACUGGCAUGCAUUAAUAAAACUAUGAAGAGGAAGAAACAAGCUGAAGUAAAUAUACAAACAAACAUGGAACGUGCAAAAGAGACAGUAAUGGGUAUUUGGAAGGAUCAUGGACCACAGAAACAAGUGGACAUCGCUAAAAUGCCAUUUGAGAAACAUCAGAAAAAGUUAAAUGCCAAACUUUGGAUUGAUGCAGACGUCUACCCCAAACUGGAGAUGGGCAGACAGAAAGAGAGAAAAGGUUUGGGCUUUGAAAGCCUGGGAAAAGAAGUGGAACAGGGAAAACUGAAAGACCACUGCAUCCACAAGGAAAUGACCACCACUUUAGAAAAGCACAACACAGUCACUACACAAGAUGGUGCAUUCCAAAUAGAGCAGAACAUGGGCACAAUGGAGGAGGUAAACACCAAUAAAGAGCAGAACACAAAACAAUUGAAUAUCUGUCAGCUGCAACAGAAAAGUGUUGUAAUGGACCUGACUAAGCUAACAGAUCGCCCCUCAGUGAUGCUGACAGAACACAGCACAUACAAAAUGGAAGAGAGCAUUGUUCCAGCAAAGCAGGACACCAACAAGUCACAGCCAAAUGUUCGCCUGACAAACCGCAGCAUCAACAACAUUCAAUUUCAAACUUUUGAGAACUUUGACCCUACAGAUUGUUGUGUAGACCAGACACAACAGCGUACUAUCCAGACAAAUCAGAAUGAUGAGCAGAUGGGGCAGCUAACUGUGCGAUCCUGUCAGAAUGGAAAUGAGAAGGAACCGAGCAUUACCCACACAAGACUGAAAUUAAAUAUGUCUGAUGACCAGACAGAUCAGAUAAUUGCCUGUGCAAAACAGAAUGUUAAUCAGAUGGACUGCAAUAUUGUCCAGACAGAAGGCAAUCCUGGUGAUCUGAUGCAGAGUGUUGACCAGACCGAUGAGACCAGUGUCCACACAGAGCAAAUUCAGAGCCAGAUAGAGCAAUGUCCAGCCAAGACCAAAGAGAGCGAAAACAAAACUGCUCUCCAACAUGCUUUGGAGUUGGAGAGAGCUCAGGUGGAGGAGGGAGGAGCUGAGAUGAAGCAAGUGACCUUGUUUUUAAUCGAUAGACUAUUUUUGGCUGCCCCAGAAGUCAAAGCGCCUCCAGGUCAAAAUGAGAAAGGGUCAACGAAUAAUGGCACAGAGCAGGCUGAUGCUGAUAAAAGGGAGCAACACAGCAUCCAAGAUGUUGUAAACCUCCAAGAGAUGGGCUUUACUCUCAGAAUCCAGCCUCCCGGAGCAGAAGGUUUUGAGCUUCAGGUAUCAGGGCAGAUGCUGGUGGCAGAGCUGCACCAGGUGCUGAUGGAUCAUGAGAUCACCUGCCACCGCACAUGCUUCUCCCUACAGCUGGGCGGUACCAUGCUCGACAGCCUCACAGAGCUACGCUCCAUUCAGGGCAUCCAGGAUGGAGCACUCAUCAAGGUGGUGGAGGAUUCUUACACAGUACGUGAUGCUCGUAUUCAUCUUCGACAUGUCCGUGAUCUUUUGAGGAGCCUUGACCCCACGGAUGCACACAACGGAAUGAAUGGGAGUUCACUGUCCUACCUCAGCCUUUACACCCGAGGAGAGAUGGAUGGUGAAUAUGGAGGGAAGAAACGAGCUUCAGAGAAGGAGUAUACUGACUGCAGCCCUCCAGAGUAUAUCCUUCCUGGAUGCAAGGAUCGCCCCCUUUCUCUGCUGCAGCCAAUGAGAGAUGAUUGGAAGCCGUUGCAGUGCCUGCGGGUCCUGACCAUGAGCAGCUGGAACCCUCCUCCGGGGAACAGGAAGAUGCAUGGGGACUUAAUGUACCUCAAUGUUGUGACCAUGGAGGACCGAGACCUCAACAUUACCUCCUCUACACGUGGCUUCUACCUCAAUCAGUCAACCUCCUUCACAUUCAACCCAAAGCCUGCAAUACCCAAAAUCCUUUGCCAUUCUCUAGUGGAACUGCUGAGUCAAGUCAGUCCUGUCUUCAGGAAAAACUUCAGUGCCCUGCAGAAGAAGAGGGUCCAGCAACACCCGUACGAGCGGAUAGCAACGCCUUUUCAAGUAUUUACAUGGACCGCCCCUUAUGGAGACCAUGCCCUCGACUGUGUUAGAGCAGAGGAGACACACACCAGCCACAUGGGCCAGGACGAGCACACAACUGGACAGAGUCGGGACUGGAAUGAGGAGCUGCAAGGAUGCAAAGAACUUCCUGGAAGGAACCUUCAGGAACGCCUACACAGGGAGAGGAACAUAUUCAAGACCAACAGUGACUUUGUUGGAGCUGCAACACGAGGUGCUGUAGCAGUUAUCGACGGUAACAUCAUGGCAUUAAACCCCGGGGAGGAGCCUCGUAUGCAGAUGUUCAUCUGGAAUAACCUCUUCUUCAGUCUGGGGUUUGACAUAUCUGACCACUACCGUCCACUAGGGGGCAACACUGCUGCCCACGCUGCUGCCAUCUGUGACCUGAGAGGAUCACAGGCAUAUGCAUCCAUUGCCUCAGAGGGUCUACACACACUUGGGACAGCUGUGGUGGAUUACCGUGGUAACCGUGUCAUCGCCCAGACCAUUGUUCCAGGGAUACUGGAGAAGAAUCAGGAGCAGAGUGUAGUCUAUGGCUCUAAUGACUAUGGAACGACUGUUCUCACACACCCGAGGUUUCUGGAGCUGCUGGAUAAGACCUGUGCACCACUGAGAAUUCAUCGUCACCAGGUGCUCGACCACAAUGACAGCCCAGUGGAACUUUGCUCCUCAGUUGAAACCAAGGGCAUCCUGGGUAACGACGGGCGACCGUACAUCUUGGACCUUCUCCGAACGCUCCCACCAGACCUCAACUUCCAAUUCUCAGAGCAAAAGGAGGCAGUGGUGCCAGAGGAGUGUCGGAGCUUUGGUUACCCUCGGCGUCAUCGGCACGGUCUGGCCAGUCUGAGGCCGGAGCUGAUAGAGGCCUUUGUACAGCACAGGUAUGAACUCUUCAUCAAGAUGGUGUCCACGGGGCUAAGCCAACUGGAAGCAGGUCCUGAGAGCCAGGAGAUUGCAGGAGAUUCAACAGGAAUGACCCAGGCUAAAGACAAGGGGCAGAUUGAGGAGCUGCUCAAAGUGCUGGAAGCUGGGGAUGUAGCCACAGCUGAAGGUAACAUGGAUUUUCAGAGAAGAAAGGUGAUCAUGGAUGCCUGUAAGACUGUUGGCUCAAUCAGUGACUCUCACUUUGACAUUCGCUUCAGUGCUGAUGUUUGCUCUCCAGGUGUGCGUUUCCCCCCUGACUGUGCUGAAGAGGUUCAGAGGCAGAGGCAGCUAUUAUGGGACGCUGCUGCCUUUCUACUAUCCAAUCAGAUUCCAGCAGUGCUGAGGGACUGUCUUGACCAAACAGCAGUGCCUUUGGAUGGAGCAACCUUGACCUCAGUGCUGCACCAGCGGGGUGUCAACAUUCGUUACCUGGGCACCCUGCUGGAGGUGCUGGAGAGGGCAGAGCAGAGAGAGAGACUCAGCCAUGUCGAGAGAAUUUCCAUCAGUGAGCUGAUCAUCAGAAGUGCAAAACAUGUCUUCAAGAUCUAUAUACAGGAUGUGGAACCUGCAGCUUUCUCAGCUGCUGUCAGCCAUUUCCUGAACUGCCUCCUGAGUUCCUGCUCGUCGCUCCCCGACUCCAGCUCAGAUGAGCUGCUGUCUCGUCGCAGGAGCCGACGUCGGCGUUGCCAAGGAAGUCGAGUUGCUCUGUUGACAGACAGUGUGUGGGCGAGACUGACACCCAGUGACCUCUGGGGCAGGAUCAGGACUGAGGCUGAGGAUUAUUACCACUACUCAAUUCAUAGUGGAAGUACAGAUGAAGUGAUAGAGAAGCACUGCCUCCAGAAGAUCUCCCUGCUUAGAGAGAUUGCCAUCAAAACAGGCAUCCAGGUGCAGUUGAGGGAGUAUGCAUUUGAGUCUCGUCACAGGCCAGCAUUUAAUGAGGAAGAUGUCGUCAACAUGUUCCCUGUAGUCAAAUACCUCAAGCGUACAUCAACUGAUGCCACACAGCUUAUUCAGCAUGCACAGGUUGCAGUACAGCAGGGUCUUCUCAAAGAUGGCUAUGACUUGAUAAGCCAGGCCCUGACUCUAUUCAGCAGUGUUUGUGGGGUCCUGCAUGAGGACGUCUGUAUGUGCCUGCGCCUCCUUGGACGGCUCAGCUACAUCUUGGGGGACUAUGCAGAUGCCCUCAGCCACCAGGAAAAGGCUGCCAUGAGCAGUGAGAGAGUACAAGGCAUAGACCACCCACAGACAAUUCAAGACUAUAUGUACCUGGCCCUCUAUUGCUUUGCUGGUGGCCAGCACUCAACCUCCCUACGUCUGCUGUAUCGUGCUCGUUACCUCACUCUCCUUGUGAGUGGUGAGGAUCACCCACAGGUCGCUCUGCUGGAUAGUAUGCUGGGUCUGGUGCUUCAUGGACUGAUGGAGUAUGAGCUUUCCCUUAAGUUCCUACAGAAUGCCUUAAUUUUAACCGCAAAAUAUCAUGGAGCCGCAUCGCUCAAACAUGCACACAGUCAUCACCUGCUGGCUACUGUGUACGAGAGUAAAGGAGAGUUUCGUUCAGCCCUACAACACGAGAAGGAGGCAUAUUCAAUAUAUAAGAGCCAGGCUGGUGAGGACCACGACAGAACGAAGGAAAGCUCAGAGUACCUGAAGAGCCUGACUCAUCAGGCUGUGAUUCUACAGAAAGCCAUCAACCACAUCUACAGUAAUACACCUAGUGCCUGUACUCCACCACCAAAGUUUUCCACACCAAGCCUUCAUGUAAUCCUUCAGCAACUCAACCUGACCUGUGGAAUAAUCCUCAUUCCUCUCAGUGCAAAGGAAAUUGCAGAUUUGAAGACUGAGUUGAAAGGAAAGAACAGGACUCAGGAGCUUGAGAACCAGUUGCAGCUAAAAGGCUCGACAUCUGGAGACUACAGACAACAGCACUGAUCUAUGAACUGGACCUGUUACAAUGGAACAUUUUGGUGUUGACAUGGCCCCAUGAAAAUGACCAUAGACAAUGAACAACAAUAAUAAAUCAAAGACUGACAAUGGAUACCAGCUGCUUUGGGAAAGUUAAAUUAAUAGACUAUAAUUGCAAUAGUCUCAUACUGUAAAGGUGAUUAGUUCUGCUGCUUUGUGAGAAUGUGAUGGGUGGAUUCCAGUGUUGGAGGCAGUCUGAGCCUUAUUAGAAAUUUCAUUUACUGCAGGCCUAUCUGUAGUCAAGAAAUGUAUCUGUAACUGAGAUGUGAGGAGAGGAUGGUGUAUGUAGGAAAUCUCUAAGGGGUACAACCUCAGUGGCAAAAUGUGAAUAGCCCUGUGCCAUUUUCUGCCAGAGAAACAUGUAAAUACACCACUGAGCAAUGUUCUGAAAUAUCACUGCUAGAUAGACUGACUCGCUGGGUUACUUCUACUGAGAGAAAUGUAGGCCUAGUCACAAUGAAACUGAAAUACAAACUGGGUUUGCAAUUAUUUUGUCUUCCUGCAAUACCCAAUGUAUCCACUGAGUUCCACUCUUGUGCUAUAAACAGAACAGAACUUAACUGGAUGAUGUGUGUGUACUCCAAUAUUAAAAUGUGUAUGACUGUGUUGAA